UGAGUUUUGUGGAGUCAGGGGAGAACGCGCUGGAGCAGAGCGACCUCAGCAAAUAAAACGCCACCAAAAUAUUUGGACCAGCCUCCAAGGUAGAAUGUGGUUCUUCGAUAAAAUUCGAGGCUCGGUUGAGAACAACUUGAAUCGCGCCGGCGACCCGGGCGGCAGGGACAAGCCGCCCAGGGGCUCCCUGUUCAGCAACGUGCUGACCCCCGAUAAAAUCCCCGAUUUCUUCAUCCCCCCCACCUUCCCCAUCAGCUCGGCCGAGGGACCGGCCGCCGACAGCGCCGAUCACCGGCAGAAGAAGUCCAACCUGAAGGCUUCAGCCUCCGAGCAGGUCCUGAUCGCCAAGAAGCCCCAAGGCAGCCCCAGGUUAAAGGGCAGAACCUCGACCGACCACAGCAGCAACCUCCUGAAGGUAGCCAACCGGCACAUCAUUCAGAUUGAGAGUGCGGAUGAGACCGGUUCUGACGGUAUGCAUGAAGCUGGUUGCAUUACCAAUUAUGACCCUCAGUCACAGAGCGCCAUGUCCCUCCCUUACAUGCCCUUAACUCAGACUUCCUAUGGUUUUUCCACUUUGACUGAAAGCCCUCACACCAGACGAAAGGAGUCACUUUUCCACGUUGAUCAUGGGAGCCCUGUGACCUCGCCUAAUUCCCCAAGGAAACGGCCACCCAACCAGAAGAGCAAUGGAGAGACCCAGCACCUCAACACGCCAGAGUUUAGCCUGUCCCUGGCAAGCACCUGCAGGUACUUCAGCGGCGGGGAUAGUGAUACCGCCUCCUCUGCUGAAUCCUCGCCUUUCAAUUCACCCCUUCUCUCCCGCUCGGUCUCGGGAGCAUCCCUCCUCAAGAUGUUCAGCCAUGAAAACCUGGCCAAGCAUUGCAAGCCACUGCAGUCCUUCACCCGAAACAGCUCCUUGUCCACGGACGAGUGCAGUUCGACAGAUGCCAGUCCCUGUGUCUCUCGGCGGGUCAGGUGCCCGACCCCUCCAGCUGGUGGUCCCCCUGCUCACCAAGGCGUUCUUCCCCUGAGUUUGCUCCAUUAUCAAGACCGAGUACUCAAAGAGCACACUAUCCGCCUUAAUAAAGGAGGUGCUAUUAGGCUAUCUGCUGAAUAUGAUUGCACUAAUGCCCGCCUUCGAAUUCGUAUCAUCACUGCUGAAGACCUUUAUGACAAGACAUUAGACAACAAAAGCAUUAACUGUUGUGUGAUUUUGUACCUGACCCCUGGAAAGAUUCAAAAACAGCGAAGCACUAUCAUCAAGAACAGCAGAAAUCCCAUUUUCAAUGAAGACUUUUUUUUUGAUGGGCUCCCUCUAGAUGAAUUUAAAAGGGCAGCUUUGAAGCUAAAAGUGGUAAACAAAGCCUCCAGCCUCAAGCGUGAUGUUGUGCUUGGUGAGAAAGAACUGAAAUUGUCCUUAUUACUACCUUUCUUCUGACAUUAGCUACUUUGCUGCACAUGAGGCAGGUUCCCAUUGAUAGUUGAUAAAAAAGAUAAUCUCCCUUGACUCAGGCUCAUUUCCUAUGAAUUUGAGAAAAGGCAGUUAAAAUUAUGAGAAUUUACAGAAUGAAGGUAUGAGUUGUAAUCCAAUUCAGAGAUGGAUGAGGUAGACUGCUUUCAUUUUGAAGUGAAGACAUCUUGUAGUCUUGGUUUAGGUUGCCUGAGGAGAUUCAUGUUUUUGUUUAACCCUUUUUUUUAUCAAUGAGUACCACAAUUGGAGGAGCUGAUCUCAACAUGGGCCAAGGGCACAUUGCCAUAUGUGGUAGGAAAAGCUUUUCUACGGUAGAAUUGAAGUUAAAUUGCUAGGAAAGUGGGCUGGUGAUUCCUUGCACUGGUGAUCCACAGCCACUGUAGCACACCGAUGAUGACCAUAACAACUCUGCAUCAAAGAGAUGAUGACCUGUUUUUCUACAAACGUUCUGUGGCUCAGCACAUCCUGUGAGUCCUGCUAACUAUUGUGACUUCCAGCUGAAGGGAUAGCUCCAGCAGAAGGGAAAAUGAUUCCCAACCCCAGGGCCAUGAGUUUGAAUCCCAAGUAUCUCAACUGGAGUUUUGCACUGUAAGUGUUCACCUGUUAAAUGCACAUUGUAGGGAAUCAGUCUUUGGAACUAAUCGAGACAAUCUGAACUGCUUCCAACCACCAAUGCAAGAAGCUAAGCUGUUGGAGACAGCAAUCAAGGUGAGAAGGAGGAAGGUGAAGAUGAAAGGCUGAAUACAAUUAACCUUUGCAAAACUUAUAUAAUUGAAGUGUACAUACUUUGAAAGGUAAAUGUAUAAUGGAAUCUUCUGUUCAUUUAAUAGCUGACUAAAAAUAGGUUUAGUUAACAUUUGUGAAGUAUGUAUCAUUCUAUCUUAUAUGUAAAAUAUUAGUGAUAUUAUGAAUAUUUAUGUUCCCAAAUACAUAGUGUACGAAUAUAGUUUAUUAGCAAAAUGUUCCACAAAAUCUUUCCAAUGAUUUGAGAGCGUAACCACUACCACAAAGCAUAGGGGUAAGCAAAGUUCUGGUUUGAUAUUCUCAUUAAAGAGAAAGCCUUAUGAGUAUUGCUUUUAUUUCUGUCACAGUUUUUAUAUAUUGCAAGAUUGAUAUUAUCUAAAAAUAAAACUGCCUGAUGAUUAUAGUAUCUUAACAGUUGUGCUUGAGUUCAUAAAUGUCAGUUUGUAACUUGUAUGCGAUGAAUUACUGUAGUGCCUGUGUGCAAAUAACAGAAAAACCGUAUUGUGAGCAUAAAAACAGAAAAUGCUGGAAAUGCUCAGCAGGGGAGAGAAAUAGAAUUAACUUUUCAAGUCGAAUAUGACCCUUCUCCUGAAGAAGAGUCAUUUUCGACUCAACAUUAACUCAUUAUUUUUUUCUCUCCACAGAGGCUGUCAGACCUGUUGCAUGUUUCCAGCACUUUCUCUUUAUAUUUCAGAUUUCCUGCAUCUGCAGUUGUUUGCUUUUAUUAUACUACUGUGAGCAUUCCUUGUGCAUAAUAGAAGAUAGUUUUCCAUCACUGCCCUUGAUGAAAGUUGCACCAAAGAUUCAGAUUGUAUCUGGACUUGUGAUAGGAUCAAGCAGCUCAUCAUACAUCUUUACAAGUUCCAAUUUACAGAAGAGAAUUUGGAUAUUAUUUUUGACACUGGCACCAAACCAAUUUAGAGUCAUUACUAGUCAUUUUAACCCUGAUGGCAUUGAACAACUAAAUGGUUUGAAAUAAGUAGCUUUAGAAAGGGAUUUUGGGAGCAACAAUGGUGUCAGAUCAACAUUCACUUAUACUUUUUAUUUGAAUUAAUAAAAGGAGAGGUGGAGCUAAAUUAUCUUACUAAAAUCUCCUCGAACUCAAUGCUUAUACAAAAAUGAUAGCUUUGGCAUUUGAAAGUCGCGAUUAAGUAUUCCAAUGACUUGCUCUGUGUUGUAGUGCAUUAAAAUCUAAAACAGGGAAGGCCAACCACAACUCCACCCUGGUGCAACAGAGCAUGAGUUUUAUUCUGUUAUUUUGAAUAUAAAUUUUGUGCCUAAAUUCAUGGCAGCAAACAAUUUUCUGUUUUGUGGCUUUUAAGUUUUUGUGGCAUGUGCCAGGAACGUUAAGGUCAGUUUCAACUGGUAUCAACUGGUCACUUUUUGAGUCUGAUAACUUCUUGAAUUGAUACACACUUUACAAAGAACACAAGCUGUAUUUUUGAGUUGCUGUCAUACAAAUAAACCCUUCUAAGUACCAAAUAAUUUGAGACCCCACAAAUUGUACAUAUACUUUGAGAAAAAUAAACCUAACUUAUUAUUUGAUUCUAAUAUUUAUUAAGCAAAUGAGAAUGAAUGUUUACAUUUUAUGCGUAAUGUUGUACAGAUCUUACAGUUGUUGUGAUUUGUCUCUUUUUUUGCUAUUUUAAUUUUGACGGCAGUAAUAGUGUUAACAAUUGUGUUAAUUACAAUCAGGCUUCAUGAAGCAGUUCUCCAGUGGCUUACACUGUUCAAUCUGUCCUGGCUUUGUAAUUUUAAUUUAAAUUUGCAGAUCUGACGGGUAAAUCAAGUCUGUACAAUGUAUUGAAUCCGCUAAUUAAAA